AUGGCACUCGUGUCCUAUUCAGAUUCCGAGUCGGAUACAGAAAACGUUCCUAUGCAGGUCCCGGAAAAGAAACCUGUCGCCGCACUUCCCUCCAAACAUCCCGCUACUGGGAACUUUCAAGCUAUCGUCGACCGGUCCAACUCCCGCAAGAUUCGAGUUGCUCUCCCAGAAAUCAAACCCGAGAAUCCUGCAGAUGAGGAAGAUGGUCCGGUGCGGAAGAAGGCCAGGGUAGGAGGAGGUGGUGCAUUUUCUGGAUUUAAUGCACUGCUACCUGCUCCGAAGCGGAAUAAUGAGGCGAAUACGGGCGCGAAGAUUACGACUUCUUCAUCGACACGAAAAGUUUUCAGUUUGAAGACUGGGGCGACGCCGGGAUUUGAUCGUGAGGCUGAUACUGAGAUGCGGAGAGAUUACCAGGCUCAAGCUUCUGGUGGAGGAAGUCACGAAGAGACUGGGUCCACAUCUGGAGCUGUUCAAGGAGAGGAGCAGCCAGUGAAGAAAGAACCCAAGUUGGUUGGAAAUGCAAUGAUGUUCAAGCCAUUAUCCGUCGGCCGAAAUCAGAAGAAGAAACCAAAAUCGGCAGCGGUGGUAUCCAAUGUUGAAGUAGAGAAGGGGCGAGCACAACCGCCAGAAAAACGUCACUCUGCUUCUGAAUCUCCGUCCGCAGCAGCACCGGCUCCACCACUGCAGAUUGCCCAGAAGCCCAAAGUCAGCCUAUUCUCCUUGUCGACAACUGAGGACAAGACCGGCCUAAGCCCAGAGACCCAGACACAACUGACAGCCUAUAAGCCGCUGGUGUACUGCUCAGAAACUGCAGGGUCCUCGGCGGAAGCCGAGCCAGGCACGCAAGCACCUUCGUCAACUGCUCCCACAGAAUGCAUUCGGUCGGAACCUCAAGUACAGACCUUGGAGAAUAUCGCCGAUGACCUCAACCUCUCGCGCUCCCAACGCCGGCAUCUCUUCGGCCGACAGCCGGCCUCAUCUAAAUCCCAGGUUCUUACAUUCAAUACGGACAAGGAAUACGCUGCGAAUCAAGCCUUGUCUCGCGAGACAGAUCUUGCCGCCGCGCAACACAAUCCCGUUCGGCCCAUUGCUCCUGGAAAACAUACAUUGCAGCAAUUGGUUAAUGUGGCUAGCAACCAACGGGAUGCAUUGGAAGAGAGCUUUGCGACGGGACGGAGGAAUAAGAAGGAGGCUGGGUCGAAGUAUGGGUGGUAG